AUGGUAGAGAUCAGGGGUAUGCUUCAACAACUCAUUGGAAUGAAUGGUAAAAUGCAGGAAAAGUUGGCAGUUCAUGACUCAACAAUAAAGAACAUUGAAACUCAAUUGGGGCAGCUAUCCAUGGCCUUAAACAACCGCACCCAGGGAACAUUGCCAGCAGAUACGAACAUUAACCCCAAGGAGCAAAAUCCGAAUCAGCUGAUGGCCGUAAGUCUCCGGAAUGGGAGAGAUUUAGACAGGGAGCAAGAAGUUGCACAAUCCAACAAAGAGACUACGCCAGCUACUCUAGUUCUAUUGGAGGUAGAUGAAUCAGCGGAACUUACUGAAGUGGUGAUUGAACAAGUUCAGGAUAAUAAGGGUAAGGCUAAGGAGAGUGAACAAGCUGCAGAACAGGUGGUACCUCUUGUUCCACAGAACCCCAACAGAGAGAAGCCAGCAAGCAGUGCACAAAGGGUGAUACCUGCACCAUUCCCUCAGAGACUGACUUGCAGUGCAGUAAUGACAAGGCCCAUGGCUCAAAAGAUGUCUGACCCAGGUAGCUAUACUAUUCCGUGCACUAUUAGGAGUUAUGCCUUUGCAAAGGAAUUAUGUUACUUAGGAGCCAGCAUAAACUUGAUGCCGCUGGCCAUAUAUACCAAACUGGGCAUUGGCAGAGCUAGACCGACUUUGAUGCUUUUGCAACUAGUUGACCGCACAAUUAAAAGGCCGACGGGGAUUCUUGAUGAUGUGUUGGUACAAGUGGGGAAGUUUAUAUUCCCUGCAAACUUUGUUAUUCUGGAUUGCCAGGUAGAUGAAGAGAUACCUAUCAUUUUAGGGAGUCCAUUCUUAGACACUGGUAGAGUACUAAUCGAUUGUGAAAGUGGGGAAUUAAAAAUGAGGUUGAACGAUGAAAAAGUCAUAUUAAAUGUUCAACAAUCCAUGAGGAGGCCCAGUGAAUAUGCUAAUUGCUCCCUAGUGGAGGCAGUGGAUGUGAUCCUGCACGAAGAUGAUGAGACCCUGACUGCUAAAGAUCCAUUAGAGGCUUGUCUGACAAAUUUAGAGGAGAUGGAUGGUAAAGGGUUGGUAGAGUGGGUCAUGGCACUCGAAGGCCAAGGAUUCUGGAAAAAGGAGCCUCAGUUCGAGUCCCUGGAGUUAGAAAAGAGGGCUACACCACUAACAAAACCAUCAGUGGAGGAACCACCCAAACUGGAGUUGAAAUCGCUCCUAGCUCACCUCAGGUAUGUUUUCUUAGGGCUUGAUUCUACUUUGCCUGUUAUUAUAUCAUUCGGUCUGCUAGAUGUGCAGGUAGAGAAGCUCCUACAGGUGCUACAGGAAUGUACGACUGCCAUUGGUUGGACCAUGGCGGACAUAAAGGGUAUCAACCCAGAAUUUUUCUCAGGAUGGCGGAUUUGCAUGGAUUACCGAAAAUUGAACACAGCCACCCGGAAGGACCAUUUUCCCUUGCCAUUCAUUGACCAAAUACGGGACAGAUUGUCUGGGCGAUCUCACUUCUGUUUCUUGUAUGGAUAUUCAGGGUACAAUUAG